AUGUCCGCCAAUGAGGAGAUUGGGGAGAGUCGUGCACGUAUUGUAUAUAAUGGGAGUGCUUCUAGAAUCAAUGAAAUUGGUCUUCAACUUUAUCCAGUUUCUGAGUAUGACUCUGGCGAAGGCUUACCAUAUGCUCCUGUAGAUUGGCCAAAUGCUGGUGAUAAGUGGGGCUGGCGGGUAGGGAAAAGAGUUACAAGUUCAGGCACCUUUAUAGAUAGAUAUCUGUAUCUUCCGAAGCAUUUUAAGGCUCCAAAAGGUGGAAAGAAAAAUGCUUUUCGAAGUAAGAUUUCAGUGAAAAAGUAUCUCCAGACUGAGUAUCCUGGCAUGGAUAUAAACCAAUUCUUUGCCUCAUUUAGUUGGAUGAUUCCUUCGAAGCAGUCGCCAAGCUCAAAAGAUAUUGAUUUUGACUCAGAUAUGAAAGAGAGGACUACAUCUUCAGGAACAGAAUUGCAGUCUUUACUAUCUGAUUCUCCUAUAAGAGCCAUUACUUGUAAGGCUGGUAACAGAAUCUGUAGCAGUUUAACAUUAGAAAAUCCUUUUCCGGCCAUGCUUUGUGAUAUAUGUUGCAGUGAUCCUGGUUUUUGCCGAGACUGUUGUUGCAUCCUUUGCUGUAAAACUAUCACUUCAGACUAUGAUGUGUACAGUUACAUUCGAUGUGAAGCAACAGUAGAUGGCUACAUAUGUGGACAUAUUUCCCAUCUAGACUGUGCUCUACGAGCUUACAUGGCUGGGACAGUCGGAGGAAGCAUCAAUUUGGAUGCACAAUAUUUAUGUCGAUACUGUGAUUCAAGGAUGGAUUUGGUUCCACAUGCUCUGAAGCUUUUAAACAUCUGCACAUCUGUUACUUCUCAUGCUGACAUUGAAAAGAUUUUGAAUGUUGGCAUUUGUAUUUUGCGUGGCUCACAAAAAAGAAGUGGAAAAGAGUUGUUGCAUCGUAUUGAAUCAAUCAAGGCAAAGCUUACGAAAGGAGUAUGCAUUCAAGACGCAUUCAAAAAGGAAAGUUGUGUGGAUAGCACUGGUUCUAAAUCUCACCCGGAAGAAAAGUUGAUCAUGCCUCCACGAAGAGCUGUCCGAGGUCGUUCUGCUAGGAGGAAGGUUGAGGAGCAAGGGGUAUUUGAGGUAAUGCACUUUGCCGAUGUUGUGCGAGUGGAACUAGCUGUAUAUCAACUAAAGAAUGUUGCUAUGACUUGGUUUGACCAGUGGAAGAAGGGUAGAGUUGAGGGUGCACCCAUUUUGACUUGGGCUAUGUUUGAGGAGGCUUUCUUGGGGCGUUUCUUUCCCCGUGAACUGAGAGAAGCCAAUGUACGGGAAUUCCUUAUCCUUAAGCAGGAUUCACUAAGUGUUCAUGAAGAUGGUUACAGAUAUGAGAAGCAAGAUGAGUCUAUUUGUUGUUCGGUUGUCCCAUCUGUCAAGCAAAGAAGGCAAGACAACUAUCUUAAUAGGGGAGAUAUAACAAGGUUGAUGGUUUAUGUGUAG